AUGGCCGUAGAGAUUGCUCGCCUGAAAGCGGAAUUGAAAGAGCGCCUGCAGUCGCUCCAUGGUGACCUCUGCUGGCGGGGAAGUGCUGGGCUAGCAGAUAAUCCCGGUGAAGGUGGCUCGGCAGGGAGAAGCUCGGUUUCCGCUCCGGAUGAUGCAGACGAAGGGCCCAGUACGAGGCGGCCACAUGACAACGCAUUGUAUGAGUCCAAAGAGGAAGCUCACCUGCGACAGUUGGAACUGGCCAUAUUGCGCCAGAAACGGCGGAAGGCAGUGGCAAAAAAGUGUUUGGCAACUGCCGAGGCGACGUUGAGGCGUCUGCAGCAAGUCGGGGGCGCUGAGGAAUCGAAAAUAGCCGCAGCCACGUCGGAGCACGCGGAGGCAGCUGCUGAGCUGGCCGCGGCGUCACGACGUUACUUGUUCCUGAGACGACAGAAGCGAACUGUCAAAUCGCUAAUGAGGCAUGACCAGAGAGUUCCCCGCAGGGACGCUGACGCAGGGGCUGAGGGAGUGAUACUCCGCUUUCAAAAAUUAGGGAUACCCAUUAGCCGCCAGGAAACAACUGUCCCAUGGCACACGCGUCGCCAGUUUGCGACCCUCAAACACUUGAGGCCCGAUUUUGAUACGGUCGGUUGCCCAGGCGCUAGUCCAGCUGCGCCCAGCGUCAUGCAGCCAGCCACACCACCUGCGUCCCACACUCCUGCACCGAAGUCACCCGGCAACUAUGUGAUGAGCACGGCUGCAGAGACCCUCGAGCAUGAUGCGUCCUCGUGUCUGGCUGGGACAGGGGUGUGCAUCGAACGUGCACGGCGCGAGCCCUCUUCGCGAGGCUUUGAGUCAUGCAGAGUACGAACAGCGCCACUUGCGAACCGCCCGUCUCAGUUCGGAUCAUCGGCGGCCCGCAGUGGAUCCCCGAGCAACGAGGAGGAGAAUCGGCUGGCGCCAUUGGCAACCUGGGGUGAUGAGAGCGCGCUGAGUGCAGCAAUGACUGUCAUGGCCAGGACGCCUGUGCUGGUGGCGGACGCUCGAAGACAGGAAGCGACGCUGCAGUCAGCGAGCUUUUUCAUGCCAGCUGCAGGCCCGUCGGCGUCUAGAGCGCAUUCGCCUCUGCUGGGCAGCCACGUAUCAUGGGGCCUGGGAGCCGAUUCGACAGUGCCCCACCAGAGGAGCGAGCCAAGUCACCUGACAGGUGGCCUCUCGUACGCCAAGGAGCGCGAGACAGAAUACGCGCCCUGGCCAGACCCUACCGGAGGGUCAGCAACCCCACUCGCGGGAGACCUAGCAAAGCCAGUCCUGGGUGUGCCGGAGACCAGACCAGGGACGAUGCUACAGACAAAGAACUCUUCGAUGCCAGUGCCGUCGGUGUCGCCUCCGCUUUCCGCCACGCUUGCGUCACAUCUUAUGAGGCUGUUGGAAGAUGAGAAUCUGCUUCUUACGGAUUGGCAGAGUCUCAGUGGGGAAUGCCCUUCCAAGCCGCCACAUGUGGAAGCCGCCGCGCAUCUCUGGCAGGUCGGUGCAGCAUCUGGGGCUCCGGUAUCGGGUUUAAUUGGUUCCCCCGAGCACGAGGCGGUAGCGGGUCCUCCGUCAUCUUCCCCCGAUUGGGAAGGGCCCUCUCUUGCGGUGACCCAGGAAGUCGAACUGGCGCCAGAAGUGCGGGCGCGCCUGUCGACGACUGCGGAAGCAAAGCAGGAAGGCAAAUACCUUUCAAGCGGAGCCUCCGAACCGAGGCUGCACAAGGAUACAGAUACGCCGCAGGCGCGGUGGCCUCUGCCGUCGUGGAUCCUCAAGCAUCGGCAGUGCCCCAGCCUCAUGCAGAACAGCCACCUGGGUACAAAAGUCGGCGGCAUCCGCGAGACCCUAGCCCCGCUCACGGUGACCUGGGGCUCGGGAAACGAAUUGCCCCUCGAGAGACACGGUGACGCCCAGCCAGAGCUGCGAUGCCUUAGGGUCGGCUGGACGCAAACGCAGGAGCCCGUCAGCACCGCAUGA